AUGGCCGAGCCCAGGAACUGCCGGCACCGGGCGGGCUCUGCCUUCCCCCCUGCUCCUGUAAUCCCGCCGGGGCGGGCAGCGGAGGUCAGGAGGCGCCCAGGGGUGCAGGCUACCCCCCCCCCCGCGCCGCUCUCCCGGGUCAGGAGGGAACCAGCAGCGCGGAGUGGCGCGUGCCCCUUGCGCGGAGAGCUCCCAGGCGGCGGCGGCGGCGGCGGCAAUAAUCCCCUUCGGCGGCCCCGCCUCCGUUCGCCCCGCGCCGGAGCGAGCUCGGCGCGAAGCCGCCGCUGCAAUCUCCCACGCGGCUCCCCACCAGCUGCCUGCCCGGGCGAUCUGAGCAUGCUCCGUCCCAGCCCCGAAGCCGGCGGGCCGCGCGCCCUCCUCUGCUGCCUCGUCCCUCCCGGGCGCGGCAGCCGGGGCAGAGGGCGACAGGCGGCGGCUGCGAGCCGGCGGCCGCUCCAUCGCCGUCGCGCGCGGACCCGCCUUGGCUUGGGUUCCCUCCCCGCCCCAAUACUUCCGCCUCACUCUGCAGCCCCGCGGCGCCCCGCCGUGCAGGGGAUGCUGUGGCUGGAGUCCGUCCCAUCCGCCGCGCGGCGGGCAGGCGGCUCCCGGCGCCCUUUCCACGCGCCCGCCCGCCCUCGCUGCUCUGCUCCGGCUCACCGCACUCACUCGGCGGGGCUGAGCGCGCCUCGCACGCCGCCGGCUGAAGCGGCAGACGUGAGAAAUGUUUGUAGAGGACUUCAAGAACAAACCAAAUUUCAGACGGAUUAGUUGGUGGAGUGUCUCAUACUGAAAACCUUCUGAAGAACGUAUAUUAAUAUCACUGCACUGCUAAUUUAUUUUGAAAGAAGAAACUGAAUGACUAUUGGAAAUGUAUAUUGUAAUGGGAUGCAGAAAUAUAUUCUUUACUAUGCUUGAGGUUUCCAGCUUUUCAAAGAAGAUGAAAUGUUUGUUUUCAAAUGCCAAUGAUCCAUGUUUCUGGUUGCCUUUUAUGUGUUUCUGAAUAGAUUGCUGUUAGAAUUAAUGGCAUAUAUUAAGGCGUUCAUUGUUAAGUAUGAGUAAGACUGUCUAUUUUGCCACCAUGUUGCCUUUUAGCUCUUGACUUAUCUUUCUUCUUGUUUCCAUGAAAUGGUGCUUCAAUAUCCUUGCAGUGACAACACUGAAACACCUAUAUAAUUGAAGUGUGUGGUUUUUUUUUUUUUUUUUUGGAGAAACUGACAAAGAAUACUUGACCUUGAAGAGUAAGGGUGUAUGGGAACAAGGGAGCAAGAUUUCUUUGCUUUCAGUUGAAAAUUUUAUUAUGAUAAUUUGCAACCAUUUCACUCCCCUUCUAUUUCCUUACACAACCACCCUGGGAGUCACGAUCCACCACUUCAGAAACACUGACUGAGUG